GCAGCGAUCUGUCACUCCACCCCACUAUCGUACCGGGGAGGAGGAGUGGGGUGGGUUCGGCUGGUCGUGAAGCAGCACUAGACCGCUAGACUGUGUGUGUGUGUGUGGAUGAUGUGUGCUUGCUUCGCUGCCUCUCGACCGUUUACUAUUACCGUUUGCGUUUAUAAGUAAGCGAGCAUAUACGGAAUCCAAUCAAGUUAUUGCCAAUUUCUCAAUACAUGGAGGUCUGGCUGUGUUCUAUUGGUGGACAAGACUGAACGCAUCAGAUGAGAAGAAAUUCAGUCGCAUAGUGUGCCGUCGCUCUCCUAUGGAUGGUCGCCUGUGGCACACACACUGAAGCCAGAGCAGAUACAAGGCCCAUGCGUGCGGCUCCCUCUUGUGAUGUGUGAUGGCUCCUGCACUGAGUGUGGUGUUGGGGGCGGAGCUUGCGGGGUCAGGGGUCAUCGUUCUGGCCAAUGGGCAUCUGGCUCUGGUGGGGAUCCUGACGGCCCUCUCCGCCUUCCUGCUGCUUUCUCUGCUUCUGAUGCUGUGUGCUAGCUGCCAGGGGCAGAAGAAGGGGAGUGGCCACCCCGGGGAUCAUGAGACCCUGAUGAAUGGGGUGUCUGAGAAGGACGUGUGCAGCCAGUCAGUGGAGAGUCACGGGACCGACCUGGCAGCCAGCAGCUCACAUAACGGACCACUCACCAGUGGGACAGUUCUGACCGACACCAUGGACACCAGCCCCCACCCCUCUGAGGAGAUGCUGUCCAGCCAAUCAGAGCUCAGAUCCUCCAAGUGCCCACAGGACCGCGAAUUACCCAGCAUCCCCGCUGCCCCCGGCGGCGGCCCCGCCCUGAACGGCUCCGUGACCUCCGACCCCCAGGCCAGCUCCGGCGACGGCACGUACGAGAUGGUGCGCGACGGAGGAGGGGGGGCGUCCCGUGACGUGAGCGCCGAGGACUCGCUGUACGAGACGGUGAAGGAGAUGAAGGGAGACGCGGGCCUCGCCAACGGAACCCUCGGCCCCCCCCAUGAGGAGCCCCUCCCACACGCCCCUGGGGCCCCCGGGGGCCCGUCCCCGCCCCCCCCCCUCAUGAUGAACGGGCACCUCACGCCCACGUCCAGCCCGCCCACGCCCGACCGGGGCCCCCUGGUGGCCGGGGUGGAGUACGCCUCCGUCGACCUCAACAAGAAGAGCCGCUUCAGCGCCGACCUGGAGGCGCGCCGCCGGUCGCCCCCGGCAACGACCCCUGACCCCGGCCGGGAGGAGGAGGAGGAGGAGAAGCCGCCGCCCGUUCCAGACAAGGUGCUGGAUGAGAACGAGAACCAGCGCACACUCAGCGACGUGAUGCUCCAGAACGGACAGGUGCACUCUCCUGGGUCUCCGGGGUCAGAGGGGAGGAGUCAUGGGCCUUCAGACAGCGAGCUCUACUCCACGGUGGUGAAGCCCCUGCAGGCGGAGGAGGAAGAGGAGGAGGAGGAAGAGGAGGACAAGGAGGGCGACUACAGCUGCAUCGGCGACCUCCGCGGCCUGGCCUCCGAGUCCGAGUCCGAGUCCGGCUUCGUCUUCAACGACCUCUACGCCACGGUGAAGGACCUCUACCCCCUGGUCCCUGGCGACCCCAUCCCUGGCGACCCCGCCGACCCCUCCGACGGCGGAUACGAAACCAUCAGGAUUCCGAGGGGCGGUGACAACGACGGCCAAUCAGAAGCCAGCGUACCAGUAGAGCCGGACUAUGAGAGCGUCGGUGAACUGGGACUGAGCAGGGAGACGUCACGCCUCUGAAGAACACACACACACACACAGGGAGACGUCACGCCUCU